AUGGCGCCCAUCCUUACCUCCAAUCCAACCAUCACACUGGUCCCCGAACCCCUCACACCAGCCAGCUUUGCGCCAUUCGGAACGGCAAUCUGUUCACCACUCCCUCGAGAAAUCAGCGUGGCUCCUCAACCCUCCUCACUACCGCCCUACGACCCAACACCAGUCCUAGCAAACCAAAAUUCCGCCCUGAAAUACAGUCCCAUCUCCCCACUGAUCGACCGCUACACCAAUGGCUGCCCAAGCGGGCAACCCGCCUCCGCACGAAUGACGAUGUUCUGCUGCUUCCCCCGCAAACUCCGCACAAUCAGUGCCAAACAACAAUCCGAGAAAGAAGUCUUCGACGUGCGCAUCCUCGAACGUCACCCUUUCACCAACCAGACCUUCAUCCCUACCGACUUAUCCAGUCAUUCCAAGGUGGGCGAUGGCGAGGAAGAGCCCGUCUUUUUGGUUGUCGUUGCGCCGACGCUGAAGGGCGAGGUCGCCACUGCGAAGAACGCUGCCGGUGAAACGAUUACCAUCCGCGAUCCGCCUGAUCUGCGCAACGUGAAGGCUUUCAUUGCGCGCGGUGGUCAGGCUGUUACGUAUGGGGUUGGCACGUGGCAUGCGCCAAUGGUGGUUCUGGGUCCGCGACGAGUCGAUUUUGUCGUCGUGCAACAUGUGAAUGGUGUCGAUGAUGAAGAUUGCCAGGAGGCUGCCUUUGGCGAGGGCAUUGUUGUGGACUUGGGAGUGAAGGGCCAAUAUGGUCGGCCGGAGAAGACUCCUGCUCGACUGUGGGCGAAGCUGUGA